AUUCUCAGAAAACUUGUAAAUAACAAAUUCAGAUGGCGAUUUUCCGAUAUCAGUGUUCAGAAAUGUCUAUUCUAACUGAACACCGAACAUUCCGCCUGUUAUCAAAAUAAUGUCCGCUGUUAUUAUUAUCAUGAUUGUGGCUCCGUUGUGAUCAAUCUUUCGUACAUGAGAGUACAAAUUGUGCUAAGGAGAAUAUUUAUCCUUAAAGAAUAUAAUUUUUAAUUAUAUUUCUAAAAAGGUAUACGGAAAUGAUAAAUUAAUCAUUAAAAAACGUACUCUUGCGUUCUGAAGAACUGUGAUUUCGAUCAAUUGUGUACUUUAAAUAUAAACAAUGAAACCUUUACCCCCAACUUAUGUCGAAGGAUUCCAUGACCUGGAUGCCGUAAAAACAGUAGAAUACAGAACACUUGGAAAGACUGGUCUUAAAGUUAGCAAACUGUCUCUAGGAGGUGGACCUUUUGGCUGUCACUAUGGCACCUUUGAUGAAAAUGAAGCUAUCGAGGUGGUUAGACUGGCUAUAAAGCAAGGUGUUAAUUACAUCGACACAGCUCCGUGGUAUGGACAAGGACGUUCUGAAACUGUCCUUGGCAAGGCCCUGAAAGGAAUACCUCGCCAAGCUUAUUACAUAGCUACAAAAGUUGGAAGAUACGAAUUGGAUUACGAACACAUGUUUGACUUCACGAUAGAAAAAACCAAAGAAAGUCUUCAGAAUAGUUUGAAAUUAUUGGGACUUGAUUAUGUAGACAUUAUUCAAGUUCAUGACAUAGAAUUUGCACCAUCUCUAGACAUUGUUAUCAGCCAAACAUUGCCAGAACUAUCGAGACAAGUAGCGGAAGGAAACGCAAAACAUAUUGGUAUCACUGGCUACCCUGUCACCAUUCUUAAAGAAUGCAUUGAGCAAAGUAAUAUCAAUAUUGCAACUGUUUUGAGCUACGCAAGAUUAACACUCAUAGACGACACUUUACUACAAUACAUUCCUUUCUUUAAGAAACAUGAUGUUGGAAUUAUAAACGCAGCCACUCCCUGCAUGGGCCUUCUUACAAAUCAAGGUCCACCCGAAUGGCACCCAGCUUCGACUGAUGCUAAGAAAAAAUGUGCAGAUGCUGCACGUUAUUGCAAGGAUCACGAUAUCGAGUUGGCCAAACUAGCAGUUUGGCACGCAAUGCAAUGCGAAGACGUCAGUACAAAUCUGGUUGGAAUACAAAACUUGUAUCAGUUGAGGGUCAACACUGAAGUCCUCCGAAACGGAAUUUCUGGUAAAGAAAAGCUUAUUCUAAAGGAGAUUCAAGAAAAGUACCUAUUGGAGGUGGAGGAAAAACACUGGCAAGGACGAGAACUUGAACAAUAUUGGAAUGCUAUGAAAAAGUGAUAUAAUGUAAAUAGAAUUCUGCUUUGUAAAAAUAGAUGGAUUAUGUAAGAAUUAUAAAAUAAUUUCUACUA